ACUUCAGUCUAGUGCUGCGAGUCAACAAGUGCUGCGCGGUCUGUGAUAGUUAGUUCUUCUCGGGGUGCCCCCUUGCGCGUUGAUUAAGGGCACAAUAAGAAGGAAGUGCUCUAAACAUUGCCAGUCGCCACCAGCUGUAGUACGGUUACGGGCCGAGGAACAAUCGCAGUGAAAUCAUAGCCAGUCGUAUGGUACCGAAGACAAUCGCGUUCCGACACACAGCCUUUGUACGCCAAUAUGCCCGAGAUGGUUGCUUUCAAUAGCCCAGAGACGGUCAUCCCGACCACCUCCGAACCGGAGCGACCGCGGAAACCGCUCAAGAGGCGUACCAGUGCCCUAAAUACCAUGUUUUACUUCCUCGGCCUAGAGCAACGAUCCGGUGAAGGUGUUAAAGAAAACCAGUGGAUCCGAAUACUUACAUUUGUCGUUUUGUUUAUAGUAUUUGUAGCAAGCGCCAUCGGAUUCUUCAUCAUGUGGUGCACCAACAUGUACAACAACUCCCUACUGCAGCAAUUAAUACUUACUGAAAACUCGACCGCAUCAGAAUGGUGGGCCAAGCCACCGGUUUACCCGCUACUUAAAGUGCACGUGUUCAACUACACCAACACAAAGGAAUUUCUCGAAGGCAAAGCAUCGAAGCUUAAGGUGGAAGAUUUAGGCCCGUACGUCUACAAAGAAACGGCAGAGAAAACGAACGUGAUACAUAAUGGCGAUGGAACCAUCUCGUACCGGGAGUAUCGCUACAUACAGUACCUGCCGGAAGAAUCGAAAGGAAAACCAUUCGAUCAGGUUGUCGUACCGAACGUCGUGUUCCUUACCGGCGUUUCUAAAAAACGGCUGGAAGGAACGUGGAACCAGCUCACCUUUAAUGUGGCCGCCAGCUCGUCUGGUUCGUCGGCAUUCAUCAAGAAACCGGUCGAGUCUCUGCUCUGGGGGUACGAAGAUGAGCUGCUAAAGCUUGCCAAAUCGUUGAUCGCAUCGGACAUCGUAACUUCCUCGUUCGGGAUGCUCAUGACACGUAAUGGAACCAGUGCGGAGAAUUUUACCAUAUUCUCCGGUGAAUCCAGUCUGCAGGAUUUGGCCGUCAUCAAGCAUCUGGACGGAAAGCCAAGGCUAGAUUUGUGGCACACGGAUGAGUGUGACCGCGUAGGAGGAACCGAUGGGUCCCAGUUCCCACCUCACCUGAUGGACCGUAAACAGCCACUGCAGGUGUUUAUCAAAUCCCUGUGCCGGAAGUUCCCGCUCGUGUACGAUAGUGAGGUGACCGCACUCGAUGGCAUCCCCGCUUGGCGCUACAAAAUCCCCAACAAUGUGUUCUCGCAUCCCGAUGAGCACACGCCAAACCACUGCUUCUGCCACCUCGAGUCCGGCUCAUGUCCUCCCAGCGGGCUGUUCAACAUAACAGGUUGCUCGAUGGGUGCGCCUAUUUUUGCCUCAUUUCCGCAUUUCUACACCGGCGAUCCCAAGCUCAUUCAGUCGAUCGAGGGCGUGGAACCGGUGCAGGAAAAGCACGAAACGUACGCCGACAUUCACCCGCGGUUGGCUUUCCCGAUCGAUGGAGCGUCACGGUUUCAGAUCAACAUCCAAGUCCAGAAGGCGCCCAUGAUUACGGGUAUUGAAAAGUUUGAAGAAGGCCAGUAUUUGCCGGUAAUCUGGCUCGAAGUCGUGCCGGGCGUGAUCUCGGACGAACUGCGCGCCAUGAUCUAUCACAGCACGUACAGUGCCAACGCUAUCCAGAUGUCGCUCCGGGUCGGUACGCUGGCGUUCUUCGUACUGUCCUUGGUUCUGCUCAUCGCCAAAUGCUACUGCGGCGCACGAAGUUCCGGUAAAAAGUAAUGCAAUGCUCCGGGGUGCCGACGUCUUGCAGUGAAAAGCAGUAAAAAGUGAAUUUCAUACCGAAGUUCUGCUUCAACUAUCAACAUGAAUACUCAUCAAUGCGCUGAUCGUUACGAGAAAGAUCCGGUUGGCAAAUGCCUGCUCGCCCCAUACACCCGUUUCAGAUACGUAGCGUAGGCUAGGCUCGUAACAGUACGUUCAGUGUUCGAAUAUCGAUAGCAGGUUGUUUGAUACGCAGCUACUAAACCAAGCGCCCUCGUUAGACGUUUGUUUUUAUUAUCUUAAGAUGAGGCUCGGUUCUCAUGGAACCCGGCCAGUGCCCAUUCCCUCCGCGUUAGUGCGCAACUAGGCGGAGAGUAAGUUAGAAUACGUUUUACGUAGAGUCUUCUUGUUGUGUGUGAGUGUAUUUUGUUGUUGUAAUCUUGUAAAUUAGCCCUACUCCCUUCCUACGUCUUACGCCCGUCUAGCCGUGCGUCCGUAGGCGCAGUACGAUCGUUCGCCCGCUUCUCUUCCGCCACUGAUUCCUGCCGACUGAUCGCCGAUAUGCAUGCACGGGCAAAAAUCGCUUUAGAACGUGCUGUGAUGCGCCGCGUUGCAUCCCACAUGGGCAAACACCGCAAAGUACCGCGCUGGAAGUCGAUUGUAAGCUAUUAGUGGGCCAGAUUGUUUCAGCGCUGCGUACUUCCAAAGCCCCGUUUGGUUUGUUGCACGCUGAGAACCGUUCGGUGGCGGUCUGAUAAUAGAUAAUGAUAAUAGCGAAGCCAGUUUGCCGUGUAAGUGACGUACUUCAGCGAAGGCAAUAAAACAAAUUCGUUGCAGUUGUGUAUAGAUCUACGCUGAUCGUA